AUGGCCUCCCAUGGAACAUCAUUAACUGGACUUGGAGGAGAGAAGGAAAAGUCUAGUCCAAUGACUGUACCAACUAAACAGCGUCUUGCAGCACCUAAAACAAAGAAAACGGGAGAAAAUGGAUCCUCAACUGCUGGGUCAGCCAGUAACGCUGACAAGUUCGGCCGUAAACCUACAUUAGAGACUCCCCCAAGUUUCGGUGGUAGAACUGGACGAAAUCCUCCAAGUGAAAAAGAGUCUGGGCGUGAAGACAAGUCACCUAGUGAUGAUGGAAAUUAUACAUUUCCUAGUGAUUCGGAAAAAAUGUUUAAUAUGUCUGAUUUAGAUCAGCAAUUAAUAGCAUCAUCUGGCGAGAGAACCAAGUCUAAGGCGAGAGCUGCUCCAACGAAGGCAGGUUCUUCUAAAGCAGCAGAACCGACACCAGCGAAAAAGACAUCAGCUGGAGGUGCAUCAGCCAAGAGGCUUGUUAGGAAAACAACAUUGCCGAUUGAGAACGACUCGGACAGUCCACAAUCAGAGCCCUCGCCACAACUGAAACGCCGCGGAACUGGAGGUGGUGAUUCUAGCAGAAGAGAAACUAGCAAGGAGAGAACUCAAGACAGAAAGAAGGCAAGUAGAGGUCCAGCAAAAGCAGGUGGUUCCAAGUAG